UUCUGCGCUCCCCCGUUUUCACUCUUUCGUGACCCACAGCUGCUGACGGCUGAAUCCUGUGUGAUUCUGCAUAGCCCCUUUUGCGCCAAUCAAAGGGAGGGCCAGGAGGACACUUCGGUUUGGGCCUGGGAGCCGAUGAUUUGGAUGAGUUUUUGGCCAGGAGUACGAUGCCUUUUCUACACGGCUUCCGUAGGAUCAUCUUUGAGUACCAGCCGUUGGUGGAUGAGAUCUUGGGCAGUUUGGGGCUGCAGGAUCCUGAACGACAGGAAACUCUAGAGAGUCCCAGCUACGUGCCCGAAGACGACCACCGACUUCUGGUCCUCCGGGAGCUGCUAGAGAGGGAGGCCCACGCGCCGUUCUACCAAGAGGGCGUGAGCUACGCGCUGUUGAAGGUGGCGGAACUCGGCCUGGUUCACGCCGCCAAAACCCUCCUUCGCCAUGGGGCAGACAUCGUCUUUGAAGAUCCGGUCACCUAUUACACGGCUCUCCAUAUCGCAGUGCUCCGGAACCAACCGGACAUGGUGGAGCUCCUCGUAGGACAGGGUGCGGACAUUAAUCGCAGAGACAGGAUUCAUGAAAGCAGCCCUUUGGACCUGGCUAGCGAGGAGCCGGAACGGUUGCCCUGCCUCCGGCGACUCCUGGCCCUCGGGGCCGACAUCAACGCAGCCGAUAAACACGGAAAGACAGCCUUGCUCCACGCCCUGGCCAGCAGCGACGGGGUUCAGAUCCACAACACGGAAAACAUCCGCCUCUUGUUGGAAGGAGGAGCCGACGUCAAGGCCGCCACCAACGACGGCGACACGGUCUUCACCUUCAUCAUCGUCCUGCUCGGGGAGACGGUGGGAGGCGACCAGGAGGAGGCCAAGAUGAUCAGCCGCUUCUGCUUCCAGGUCACCCGCUUGCUGAUGGCUCACGGCGCCGACCCCAGCGAAUGCCCGUCCUACGAGUCCCUCACCCACCUCUGCCUGAAGAGCUUCCGGCUCCAUUUCCCGCUCUUGCGCUUCCUCCUGGAGUCCGGGGCGUCCUACAACUGCUCUCUCCACGGCCCUUCCUGCUGGUCCGGCUUCGACAUCGUCUUCGAGCGGCUCUGCUCCCACCUCAGCGAAUCCAAGGAGGACCACUUCUCGGUUGACCUCCUGCAAAAGGCCGAGACAGCCCUGGAGCUCAUGACGGCCAGCACGCCCACCCUCCAGCUGCCCAGCAACUUCGAGGUCGACCCGAGCGGCUGCUGCUUCCACGGGGAGAAGAUCCGGGCCCUGUUCAGCUCCCUGAAGCAGUUGGAGCGAUCUCCGGCCAGCCUGAAGCACCUCUGCCGGGUCUACCUCCGGCAGCGUCUCCGGCCGUGGCCGGUGGACGUGAAGGUCAAGGCGCUGCCGCUGCCCGACAGGCUGAAAAGUUUUCUGCUCCUCGGCCAGAGCAGUUCUGCGGAAGAGGACAUAUGACAACGUUCCACGCUGGGUCCUAGCCACCGACGUCCCCCGGAGCGCGCCUGCCUUCGGAGGUUUUCCUCACCCGAACCAUGUCACUCUCCACGGAUGCGUCGGCCGGGAGGCCUUGACGGGGGUCACAAGAAUUGCAUGUGGAAUUGUCACGGCCUUCGCUGUUAAUGCACUGGUGGUUUUCCCCUCCCCAGGAAGAUCCGUACCGCUUCGAAGUCUCCAGAUCUCAGCUGCUGGAAACAGAAUUGCGAAGGAUGGAAGGAUCUUUGGCCGAGCCUUGACCGAGCCUUGGGCUGGAGCACUCCGUUCGGAACGCCCCUCCUGAGCGACCGUCCUGGCCUUCCGGCCUAGAGGGGGAAAUAACGGCAGUGCCUCCAAAGCCAUUAAAAUUCUGUGUCUGCACCA